AUGUCAUCUAUCACUUUAACCAAGGAGUCUCACAAGAAUCCAUCCAAGUUUAGAAUCAACUUGAAAGACAGCACUGCUCAGUUAAGUGGUCAAGUCGAUGCCAACGCCAGUGACAAAUUGCCAACCAUUCACUCCCACUCCAAGGUUGCUAUUAUUGGUGCUGGUUUUUCUGGUUUGGGUAGUGCUAUCAAGACCAUGGAAACACUCAAAGAGCAAGAUGUUGCCAUUCUUGAAAUGCGUGACAACUUUGGAGGAGUCUGGUACGCAAACACCUACCCAGGUUGUGCUUCUGAUAUUCCAGCUAUUUGGUAUUCAUUCUCCUUUGCAUUGACUUCAAACUGGAGUAGAGUUCAGCCUCCACAGUACGAAAUGGAAGAGUACAUCCAAAGAGUCGCUGCGCAAUACAAGUUGGAGGAUAAAACCAGAUUCAACACUUUUGUUGAUGACUGUAUUUUCAACGAGGAUACCGGUUUGUGGACCUUGUACUCACACGACACCAAAACUGGACAGAAAAUUGAACACACUGCCAACAUCCUUUUGUCAUGCAGAGGUCACUUGGUCUACCCUAUUCACUUGAAAGAACCAGGUUUGGAAAACUUUAAGGGAAAAUACAUGCAUUCAGCCCUUUGGGACCACUCUGUCGAUUUCAAGGGUAAAAACGUUGUUGUUUUCGGUAACGGUUGUUCUGCCAACCAAGUUGUUCCAGCAUUGUUGAACGAUCCUAAAUACAAUCCAGCUUCGAUUACUCAAAUUGUCAGAUCCAAACACUACAUUAUGCCACCAGUGCCAAAGGCCCUUCUUUACUUGUACAGAAUCCUCAGUUUCAACUUUUUCGGUUUGGAGUUGGUCCGUUGGUUGAUUGUCCUUAUUGCUGAAUCGAGAUUCCCAUUGUUUAGAGGUGAAGGGCCACUUUCCAGAUUUAUUCGUUGGAUCAACAGACACGCAGCAGUCAGCCACAUGAAGCAUGCUCCAAAGAAGUAUUGGGAUAUUCUUAUUCCAGACUACAAGGUUGGAUGUAAGAGAUUGAUUUUCGACUAUGGCUACAUCAAAGCAUUAAAUGAUCCAAGAAUUGAGCUUACCAACGAGCGCGUUGACAAGGUUGUCGAAAAUGGUCUUUACUUGAAAGAUGGAAGAUUCAUCAAGGCCGAUAUCAUCAUUGCUUGUACUGGAUACAACACCAGAAAGACUUUUGACCAACCAAUCAAAACCAACAAGGGCGCAUCAUUGCAAAAGAUUUGGGAUACUGAAGGUGUGGGUGCAUACCGUACCAUCAUGGUCAAAUACCUUCCAAACUUUUUCUUGAUUGGUGGUCCAAACACCGCUACUGGUCACGCCUCCGUUAUCAUGGCUGCUGAACACGCUAUCGACUACUACAUGAAGGUUGCCAAGCCUGUUAUUCAAGGUAAGGAAAAGACUGUUGAGUGUAAACCAGAAGCUUACGACAGUUGGUUCAAAUUGAUCCAAGACAAAUUAGCCCAAAGUGUGUUUGGUACCGCAUUUGGUGGUUGUGCUUCAUGGUACAGAAGUGACCAAUCAAACUUUAUCACUUACCCAUUCAGUCAAAUCAACUACUGGUACAUCACUCACUUCCCCAACUACAAGGAAUUGAUCUACAAGCACAACGAUAAAAAGACUGCUUAG